AUGACGGGUGAAGUAUCCUUAGCAAAAAUCAACCUCAACCCUCCUUCCAAGAGACCUCAUUCGCCGUCUAUCCCUAAUGCACAUCAAUCCGACAAUCCACAUAAACGCCAUUCCGAUGCAGAAUGUCCUCAAGGAAAAGCUCGAAGGAUUGGAUCUGGACCUGGAUCCGAUCAAACGCUCAAUCCAACAAAAAAUAAGAUACCAACCAUAAACGAACUAUCAAGGUACCUGAACGAGGCGCAAGCAGAGCUCAAAUUGACUCGAACGAAGAAGGAGAAGGAAAGUAGACUUAUGAGGUUGACUGAGAAUUACCAAGUGAUGAAGAUCCAUCUAAUCAAAGAAAAGAUCAACAAUACUACUUUGAUCAAGGAGAAAGAGGUGCUGGAGAAGGAUAAUGAGCGAUUGAGGAUGGAGUUGAAAGAGGUGAGAGACACUGCGAAGAAAAUUGAUCCGGAGGUGAACGAAAGAAAGGGCGAAGACAGAGAUGAAACGAUUCGCAAAUUGGAAGAACAACUUGCCGAGGAAAAGCUUUGGAACGUAAAUCAUCGGAUCGUCUUACAUAGUCGAUUCGAAAAGAUAAACUCUCUCGGACACCGACUAAGAUCUCAGGAUGAAGAUGUAGCGAAAUUGAAAAAUACGAUUCAAGAGAAAGAGAAGGUUGAGGGUGUGUUGAGAGAAAGAAUCAAGAUCUUUCAAGAUAAAUUGCCUGAGAUCAGAAAAAGGGUGUCAUCGGAAUGA